GUCCAACGAAAUUAGUUUUAAAUCAAACAGUGCAAAGCAAACAUUUAAAAAAAUGAAACAAUUUAGCGGUAAAUUAGUGCUUCUAUUCGUGGCGCUGCUGGGCGUAAGUCAAGCCACAGCGAUCAGCGUGGAUAACGAAUUCUCCUUCGGUUGGCCGGGUAGUCUCAGUGACAACACCGACUACUAUGUGAGCAGCAAGGAGGUUUCCUGGUUCGAAGCAAACUAUUAUUGCUACUCGCAAGGCUGGGAAUUGGUGGCACCCGAAAAUUUCGACGUACAAACACUACUCAAGGGCUUCCGUCAAUUGUAUGAGGUGACCGGCACCGCAUACUGGUCUGCUGGCAAUCGUCUUUAUAACAACAACUGGGUUUGGGGACUUGGUGGCGAAAGUUUCGCUACAUCUAACUGGGCUACCAACGAACCGAAUGGUAAUUACAGCGAGAAGUGUUUGUUGAUUGGCCAAACUGUGCAAUCUUUGUGGGCCGAUGCUGACUGUGCCGCCAAAAACAAGUUUAUCUGUCAGAAGACCAAGGCCAAGGUAGCCAAAGCGGCAAAGAAGUGCAAGGAUAGUCUUUUCUAAGCGAUGUGAAGAUUCAGGAAGGUGUUUCACUAAAUGUUAUGGGUUUUAUUGAAAGGUGAUGAAUAUUUUAGCACGCAGUAUACGUUUUUGUAAAAGUUAUUAUCGAAGGUUUUAUAAAGUAAAAUGUUAAAUAUCGAACUUUUCGAAAUUGUAUAAAAAAUUAAUCAAAUAAAUUGUUGAAUUCAGAAA